CGCACACGAGCUUGCGCAUGAGCGCCUGAGCGGGGACCGCGGCUUCCUCAACCCCGGGCCGGAGGGCGUUCCGUUGGAGAUCCUCCCGCUUGACGAGGACCCCAAGUUCCACCAGAUGGAGGCGGAGCGUGCGAAGCUGAAGGCGCAGGACCCUCGGCGCAACGAACGCAAGGUGGCCGACCUGGAAAACGCAAUGAACGACCGUUGUCACGAGCUUGCCUGCGAUCAACUGCGUGAGGACUUGGCUGGUGUGGACAAGGAGCCCCGUGACAUCCCUCUCGAACUGCUGCACCCUCACGGUGAUCCGGCCUUUGCGGCGUUGGUGAGUGACAUUCGGGAACUGAAGAAGGACCGUAGGAAGAAUGCGGAUGCGAUUGAGGAGAUCGUACGUGCGAUGAACGGGCGCGCCGACGCGUUGGCGGCAGCGCAGCUGGACCGUGGCUUCUUGGACCCCGAACCGGCAGGCGUACCUCUGGAGAUUCUGCCGCUUGACGCGGAUGACGCAUUCCACGCGGCGGAGACCGAGCGUGCGCGACUUAAGUUGAGCGACCCCCGGCGCAACGCGCGGAAAAUUAAAGAGCUCGAAGACGACAUGAACGCUCGGGCGCAAGAGCUUGCAAGGGAGCAGCUUGCGGAAGAUCUGCGGGGCGUGGAUUCUGCGCCGGAGGGCAUCCCAUUAGCGUUGCUGAAGGUGACAGAGGAUGAGUUGUUUGCCUCAAUGGUGCCGCAGCUGCGUGAGCUUAAGAAGUAUCCGGAGACAAAUGCCGAGGCUAUCAAGAACCUUGAGGACCGCAUGAACAAUCGAGCGUACGAGCUGGCUGACUCGCUGCUGGAAGGUGACCGCAGUUACCUUAACGCUGCACCGGAGGGAGUGCCUCUCGCGGAGCUGCCCCUUGCACAGGACGACGCCUUUGCCCUAAUGGAAGUGGAGCGUGCGGUGCUAAAGGCGCAGGAUCCACGGCGUAACGCGGCCAAGGUGGCGGAGUUGGAGUCGAAGUUGAAUGAGAAGGCUGUGGAGCUGGCGAGGAACUUGCUUGCCGAGGACCUAAAAGGUUUUUCCAGCAAGUACGAGGGCGUGGCCACCACGCAGCUGAAGCCGCACAACGACAGGGAGUUUGCCGCGCUGGUGCCUGAGCUGCGUCGCCUGAAGCUGGAGGGCUCGGAGCCGGCACUUCGGAACCACAUGGAGGAAAUGGACCAACGUCUGCGGGAGCUUGCCAAGGAGCUUGUGGACGGCGACCUGUGGUUUCUCGACAAGGACCCCGAGGGGGUUCCACUGGAGUACGUGCCGCUGAAGGGUGACAGGGUGUUUGAGGAGCUGCUUCAUUCACGCGUGGCGCUUAAGGCGGACGAGCCCCGGAAAAAUGCCAGCCAGAUUAAGGAGUGUGAAGACGCGAUGAAUGCUAGGUGUCAUGAGCUUGCCAAGACCGUGAAGGAGCAGGACUUCGACGGAAUUGACAAGCAGCCGUGCGACAUUCCAUUGGAGCUUCUACCUAUCCGCGAGGACGCCGCCGCCGCCAAAAUUAUUGCGCAGCUGCGUGCGGCAAGGUAUGGCACGGGCAAGCUCGCAGGCAAGGGGAGGAUUGUCAAACUUGGGGAAGAGCUGAACGAGCGCGCUCGUGAGCUUGCACUGGAGGCACUUGUCCGUGACCGUGAAAAGUACCUCGACCGCAAUCCGGAGGGCGUUUCUGUGGAGUCCCUUCCACUCGAGACGGACACCCGGUUCCACGGCUUGGAGGCGGAGCGUGCAAAGUUGAAGCUUGAGGAUGCGCGAGGCAAUGCAAAGAGGAUUGAAGACACGGAGGAACUCCUCAACGCCCGUGCCCGUGAGAUGGCGAAGAAGCAACUGGAGGAAGACCUCGCUGGCUUGGAUCUGACAUCUGUGGACAUGCCAAUGGAAACCCUGCGUCCGCACCGCGACGCCGAGUUUAACGCCGCCGCCGUGCAACUGCGUAAGUUGAAGCAGGAUCCCCGCAGAAACGAAAAGCAAAUCAAAGAAAUUGAAAUGGGUAUGAGUGAACGCGCCGAGCAUCUUAUGCGGGAGAUGCUGGAAGACGAUCGGGCCCUGCUCGAUCCGGAGCCUGAGGGCGUUCCGCUGUCCGAGCUGCCUCUCGACAAGGACCGAACGUUUCAUGCGAUGGAGGUAAAGCGUGCACAACUGAAGGCGGAGGACCCCGUCAAACACGCCGAUGCGAUUAAGGCGCUUGAGAACGACCUAAACGAGCAGGCGCAUGCGUUGGCUUUGAACCAGUUGAAGGAGGAUCUUCUGGGCCUGGACGAUGCUCCCAGAGGCGUUCCCGUUGCGUUGCUGCGCCCUCAUGAGGACGGUAAGUUCGCCGCCACCGUGCCUAUGCUACGGCGGCUCAAAAAAGAUCCCACGCGUAACGCCGAGGCGAUACGGGCGCUGGAAAACAACUUGGACGACCACCUGGAUGAAUUGGCGCAAGACUUUUUGCGUGCCGACCGAGAGUCCUACCUCAGCCCUGCGCCCCUGGGCCACCCCAUGGCCGCACUGCCUCUGGACAAAGACUCUGAGUUUAAGGCGCUGGAGGCCACGCGGCACCAACUCAUGCUUGAUCCGCGACACAACAAAGAGAAAAUGGCCGAGGUGGAGGACGCGUUAAACUCCCGCGCAAUCAAGCUUGCGGAAGAGAAACUAAAGGACGAUCGCGCGUUCCUCGAAAAAGAGCCGGAGGGUGUACAUCUCCGCUACCUCCCCCUCGAUGAAGACAAACACUUCCACGAUCUGGAGGUCAAGCGCGCAGCACUAAAGGCAAAGGAUCCCGUCCGCAACGCAACGGCAAUUAAGGAAAUUGAAGAAGAACUAAACAAUGUAGCGCGCCAGCUUGCAAGGGAGCAGCUUGCGGAAGACCUGCGGGGCGUGGAGCAGGAUCCUCGUGGUAUUCCGAUUGCUUUGUUGCGGCCCCACGACGACCGGAGGUUCAACGAGAUGGUGAGGGAACUGCGGGCGCUGAAGGCCGACGCCAAAACGAGUCCGGACAAGGUGCGCGCGCUGGAGGCCGAAAUGAGCAACCGCGCCGAGGAACUGGCAGACAAGGUGCUGCAGGGCUGCCGCGACAAGCUGGAUCCCUCUCCGGAGAAGCUGCCGCUGAAAGAGCUUCCCCUGAGCGAGGAUAAGGCCUUCUCCAAGACCGAGCUGGAGUUGGCGAAGCUGAAGCUUGCCGACCCCGCAAGGAACGAGGCAAAAAUCAAGGACCUGGAGGGUCAGCUGAACGAGCGUGCGUUGGAUGUUGCCCGCGCGGUGAAGGAGGAGGACCUUGAGGCCCUGGAGUCGGCCCCACGCGGAAUUCCGCUGGCGCUUUUGCGUCCACACGACGAUGAGGCGUUUGCGUCCCUGGCGAAGGAGGCGCGUGGUGCCGGGAGGAAGUCCGGGGGUCCGUCGCCACACGCUGCCGCCGACGCACUGAACGAGCGGGCGCGGGAGCUUGCUGAUCAGGUCCUGAGGGGUGACCGCGGCUUCCUUGACCGCGAGCCCGAGGGGGUGCCUCUGAGCAUGCUGCCGUUGGACACGGACCGCGGGGUUCCACGAGAUGGAGGUUGA